AUGGAAUCCCAGAUGAUGCACAAGGCUUCUUUCGUCUCCUCCAAUUCCGUCGCCAAUCGAUGCCGUUUCUCCUCCAUUGCAUCGUCACCGAAACCUUCCUCGAUUGCAACGAGAAGAACAACAAGAAGGGCAUCUCCUGUUUUGUCGAUGUCCAAGAAGGAUGACGGCACCGGUGGUUUCACUUACAAAGAUUCCGGUGUGGAUAUCGAUGCUGGGGCUGAGCUCGUUAGACGAAUCGCAAAGAUGUCUCCCGGGAUUGGCGGAUUCAGUGGUCUCAUUCCACGAGGUGAUUCUUAUUAUUCCGUAUUUGGUAUGGAUGGUGUAGGGACCAAACUGAAAAUAGCAUUUGAGACGGGAAUGCAUGAAACCGUUGGAAUCGACUUGGUCGCAAUGAGUGUGAAUGAUAUUGUUACUUGUGGUGCAAAGCCUUUAGCUUUCCUUGAUUACUAUGGUUGUGGCCAUCUCGAUGUAGACCUUGCAGAAACGGUCAUUAAGGGGAUUGUUGAUGGUUGUGAGCUAUCCGGCUGUACAUAUGGCCUCAAAGGAGGAGAGACCGCAGAGAUGCCUGGCUUUUAUGCUGAGGGCGAGUACGAUCUCGUUGGGUGUGCAUACGGUGAAGUCAAGAAAGAUUCUGUUAUAGACGGCAAGAACAUUGUGGCUGGAGAUGUUCUUAUUGGUCUUCCUUCUAGCGGUCUUCAUUCCAAUGGUUAUUCUUUAGCAAGAAGGGUAGUGGCUGAAAGUGGUUUUUCACUGAAAGAUCAACUUCCAGGUGGAUCAAUAGCCCUUGGUGAAGCUCUAAUGGCACCUACUGUCAUUUACGUGAAACAGGUACUUGAGAUGAUCGACCAAGGAGGAGUGAAGGGGAUGGCUCAUAUAACAGGAGGAGGUUUCACCGACAACAUUCCAAGAGUCUUGCCUGAUGGUUUGGGUGUUGUUGUUCACACCGAUGCUUGGGAACUUCCACCUUUGUUCAGUUUUAUUCAAAAGUAUGGGAAUGUAGAAGACAGUGAGAUGAGAAGGACGUUUAAUAUGGGAAUUGGGAUGGUAAUGGUGGUGAGUCCGGAGGCGGCUUUGAGGAUAUUAGGAGAAGCUGAGAAUGGCGACUAUGUUGCAUAUCGCAUUGGACAUGUUAUCGACGGUGAAGGCGUUACCUAUCUUUAA